AUGAAGGAACGCCAGAAGGUCUUUAUCGCAGUGAUGGGGGUGACUGGCUCAGGGAAGAGCACCUUUAUACAGACAGCUACCGAUUCUGAUGAAGUCCAUAUUGGCCAUACGUUCAAGUCUUGCACUGCAGCUGUCUCUGCUCAUACGCUGUCUAUGGAUGAGUACGAUGUUACGUUGAUCGACACCCCUGGGUUCAACGACACAUUUCGCAGUGAGACGGAAGUUCUAAAGGAGAUUGCCAACUGGCUUGAUUAUACAUACCGCAAUCCUCCGCAUGUUAUGCUCACAGGCAUAAUCUACAUGCAGUCAAUCACUGACCGCCGCAUGUAUGGCUCUACUCUGCGGAAUUUGAAGAUGUUCCGACAGCUUUGUGGUGAAAGCCCUCUACGCAAUGUCGUUUUCACCACCACCGGCUGGGGUACUGCAGAAAAGUCAGGAGAGCUUUCCAAGGCUCUUGAAAACCAGGAGUCCCUCCGUUCAGACCCUGACUUUUGGGAGCCAAUGAUCAGAAGAGGAUCAACUAUGGCUAAGUUUGAAGACACAAGAUCUUCUGCUCUGGCUAUCAUCAUGAGCAUUGUUGAGCGCAACCCCAUACUCCUCAAAAUCCAGGAAGAAUUGGUAGACGAGAAUAAGAACCUCAUUGACACUGCUGCUGGCCAUACGGUUAACGAAGAAAUGAAGAGACUCGAGGAGAAAUACACGCAGGACAUUGCCAAAGUUCAAAAGGACAUGGAAGAAGCACUUGCUGCUCGUGACACUGAAUACCAUGCGGCCCUCCAAGAGGCAAAAGAGAACUAUGAACGUCUUCGAGAUGAAGCCCAACGGGCCCGGGACUCUCUACAAUAUGAACGACGUAAUGAAAAACGACGUCUCACAAAUGAGAUUGAGGGGAUGAAACGACAACUUGAACGGGAUAAGAAAAAGCACGAGGAGUAUUUGGAGCUUAAGUUCAAAGCCCAACAGAUUAACGAUGAUAUGAAAUAUGAAGAGAUUGUGAACAAGCUCCGCGCAAACGGCCAUCUUCUCCGAGACGAGGAACGGCAAGUCUUGGAGAUGAAGAUCCAAGAACUUGAGGCGGCAUCCGCCUAUGGGGGAGCUUCUGUUAAUGGCAAAAAGAAAAAAGGUAAGGGAACCAAACUCCUGGUGGGACUAGCACAGGUCUUGGGAAGUGUCACCAUGGGGCUACUAGGGUUCCCCAUGUUGUUUGGAGAUCCGAUUGGGACCCUUGCUUCGAUAUUCUAA